ACGUGGCAUGCAUCAAGCCCGUUGUUUUCUUGAGGUGCACAUUCAAAAUAUGAGGAUUGUUCUUUGAGGCUUUUGUUUUCCACUCUCUUCGUCAUGGCUGCGUCCUCUGCAAUCAGAGGCUAUGGCGCAUCCGCUGCAUCGUUUGAUGGUUUAAUGCAGGCACGAAAGGAUACAGCAAGAACAUGUCAAAACAGGAGCCUCUCUUAUGCGAGAACUGACCAAUUUCUAGCUUCGGAUUUCACUCAGAAUGUCGUCCGGCAGGCCACAGAUCGGACGAGGCUUCGAACUCAAGCAGUCCGACGAGUGUCCAUUGUUACCACAGCUUCCAGCGAUACUCCGACGAAGAAAAUCUUGAUGAUGGGAGGAACUCGGUUUAUUGGAGUUUACCUGGCAAGGUUGCUUGUGAAAGCUGGACACGAGGUGACUCUCUUCACUCGUGGAAAAACACCAGUCACUCAAAAGAUUGCCAGCGAAACGGACCAAGAAUACGCAGAAUACUCCUCUAAAGUAAAGCACAUUCAAGGAGAUCGUCAAGACUUCGAUGGAAUGAAGAGCAAAAUUGCCAGUGCUGGUUUCGAGAUUGUUUAUGACAUAAACGGGAGGGAGGCUGUCGAAGUUGAGCCCAUUAUCGACGCAAUUCCAAGCCUUAAGCAAUACAUUUAUUGUUCUUCGGCUGGAGUGUACUUAAAGUCGGACUUACUUCCCCAUUUUGAGGUUGAUGCUACUGAUCCGAAAAGCAGGCACAAAGGAAAACUUGACACUGAAGCGCUGCUGCAAAGCAAAGGAGUGCCCUGGACCUCCAUCAGACCAGUUUACAUCUACGGCCCUCUCAACUACAAUCCAGUGGAAGAAUGGUUCUUCCAUCGCCUCAAAGCUGGCAGGCCAAUUCCUAUUCCAAACUCCGGCCUUCAAAUCACGCAACUUGGUCACGUCAAGGAUCUGGCUGACGCAUUUGUCCGCGUUCUGGACAAUCCAACAGCAUUUGGUCAAGUCUACAAUAUCUCGGGAGCGAAGUAUGUAACGUUUGCUGGCAUUGCUCGAGCUUGUGCCAAGGCCGGUGGCUUUCCCACUCCGGAGCUGGUCCACUACAACCCGAAGGACUUCGACUUUGGAAAGAAGAAAUCAUUCCCGCUGCGCGAUCAACAUUUCUUUACCUCGAUCGAAAAAGCGAAGAAUGAUCUUGGCUGGAGUCCCAAGUAUGGACUGGUAGACGGUCUCACAGAUUCCUACAACCUCGAUUUCGGGCUGGGAACGUUUCGUAAAGCAGCCGAUUUCUCAACCGACGAUAUGAUUCUGGAGAAACUGGGGAUCAAAGUUGCUGUUCCGGCCUAGAACCAGAAACAAGGUACCGCAAAUUACAAAAAGCUAGAGUGGGGUAAGAAAAAGGAAACAAAGCAGCGUCAGCUAGCUCCGUGUCACUCAUUCCUUUUUAGCAGCCUCUUCGAAGUUCUCUCCGGGAACCAGGUCGGGAACAUCGUCGUCGUCGGCACCGGAGUUAGUCUGCCACUGCUGAGCAAUCUUCUUCAAGUUCGCGAGAUUGUCCGGGCCUGAAAAAGAAGAAAAGAAUGGAGAUCCAAUGUUUCUUUCAAAACGAACGAAAAUAAAGGAUUUGAGAAACGUA